AUGGCCUUUCUCUUUGGAGGGAGAGGGCGACAAAAGCAACCCGCCGAAAUCGCAAGGUCGUUGAAAGACCUUCUGGUUAAACUCCACGAUCCCAGUCCCAGUCCAAAAGUGGAGGAAGAUGUCGCCAAACACAUGUCCCAGAUGAAAUUGAUUGUCCAGGGCACUCCAGAAGUUGAAUGCAGCCCAGAGCAAGUCCACCAACUCGUCCACUGCAUCAUUCAAGAAGACAUUCUCUUUGAGCUGGCAAAAUCUAUCCGUCUGCUGCCCUUUGAAGCCCGGAAAGAUGCCCAGAUCAUCUUCUCUCACAUCCUGCGCUACAAGGCCUCGAACUCUUCGUCACAGUCCGGUUCGUCGGACCCCUCGGCGAUUUCCUACCUUGUCCUCCAACGGCCCGAGAUCAUCGUCGAACUGUGUCGGGGGUAUGACCAUCCACAGUCGGCCAUGCCGUGCGGGACCAUUCUGCGACAAGCGCUGGCAUAUGACACCAUUGCGGCGGUGAUAUUAUACGACGAAUCUCAACCGGGCGAAAAGGCCGUGCACCUGAAAGAUCUGGACGUCAGCCGCAAACAAACGGGCAAAGGCGUGUUCUGGAAAUUUUUUGAAUGGAUCAAUAAAAGCAGCUUCGAGGUGUCUGCAGAUGCGUUUACCACUUUUAGGGAAAUCCUCACCAAACACAAACAACUCGUCUCACAAUACCUGGCGACCAAUUAUACCCUCUUCUUCACGCAGUACUAUAACCCCAUCCUUCUCCUAUCGCCGUCGUAUGUCACCAAACGCCAAUCCAUCAAGCUGCUGGGCGAACUGCUCCUCGACCGCAGCAACUACAUCAUCAUGACCCAAUACGUCUCGAGCGCCGACCACCUGAAACUGACCAUGACGCUGCUCAAAGACGACAGAAAGAUGGUCCAGUACGAGGCCUUCCACGUGUUCAAGGUCUUUGUGGCGAAUCCGAACAAGAGCGACGAGGUCAAGCGGAUCCUGGUCAAGAACCGAGGCCGGCUGUUGAGGUUCCUACCGACCUUCCUGGAGGGGCGGACCGACGACGACCAGUUCCUGGACGAAAAGAGCUUUUUGCUCAGGCAGGUCGAGAUGCUCCCGGACGAAGAGUCUCUGGAGAAGGAGAGGCGGAGCAGCCAAAGCGGCGGGGCGCCAGGUGAGGGAAGCGGGCAGGUCAGUGUCGGGGCGUGA